AUCCUGUGAGUCUGACAGACCUGAUUGUCAUCCUGAUAAACAUCACGUAUCGACACCCCCGCUCGUUACACAACGCUGCCUCACACACAGAACGUCUGCUGCUCACGUCGUCGCUCAGUUUACCUUGAAGCUGCUGGAGAAAAGCCUGCCGUCCCUGAGUGAAUCUGAUGUGACUCCUGCGUUUUGUGGAGCCUUCAUCUUUGUGUGCAGGCAGAUAUACAUUACCUGCGAGGGUCUGCAGGUCCUGGGAACAUACGGCCUUCACAGAGCCUUAGCUGCUGCCUGGAAGAAGACCAGCUUGUUGGCAGAAAGGAUUCCAACAGCUGAAGAUGUGCAGAACAGGCUGGUGUGGGAGGAGACUUUGUUGGACAGUCUGCUGAACUUUGCUGCGACUCCUAAAGGCCUGCUGCUGCUUCAGCAGACAGGAGCCAUAAACCAGUGCAUCCGCUACAUGUUCUCCCGCUUCACCAAGAAACUGCAGGUGAGUCGCUGUGAGAAGUUUGGAUACGGAGUGAUGGUGACGCAGGUGGCUGCCACUGCUCCGGGGGUUGCAGCWCUGCAGAGUUCAGGUUUUGUCCAGGCGCUGGUUUUAGAACUCUGGUCUGCUCUUGAAUGCGGCGGUGAUGAUGAGGAUGUCAGAGCUCUUCGUCCCAGACCGACACCCAUCGACCACAUAGACAGGAUCUGUCACAAGUCGUUCCUGUCCUUGGUCAACCUCCUGUCCUCCCAGUCGGUGUGGGAGCUUGUGGGACGGCAGUCUUUAGCCAACAAGAGUGAAUACACCCUGAGGGAAACACCAUCAUCCAUCCCUGAUUUGAUUGACAGGCUGAUUGCUGUGAAUUCAGAUGUGAAGAUCCAUUCCCUGUUCCUCUAUGAGCAGUCUCACACAUUCGGCCUGAGACUGCUCAGUGUGCUGUGCUGCUGUCUGGACUCCUUCCUGCUGCUGGAGAGCCAAUAUAACAUCUGCCUGAUGCUGCUGCAGAGUCAGAGGGAGAACGUGUCCAACCAAGAUACCACCGAGGGGGCCAUCAUCAUAGACAGCUUGUCGGUGGAGAGGAACCACGUGUURGUCCGGGUUAGUGUAGUCGGAGGUCCGUCUGAGAGGAGGCUUCCUGCUCGGCGCCUGCAGGAGGGAGAACAUCCUUACCCCUGGCCCAUGUUUCUAUGCUUUCCUCCACCUCCCUGCUACGUUUUGAACCCACAGGACUCCCACAGGAACUCACAAGACUGUGAGAUCAGCACAUUUCUGGCCUCAUCAGGAGAAGCAGGGAAUGAAGAGAGUUGGUUGGAGAUCUGCAGAAAACAUUACUGCAGAGUCAUGAAGACCAAAGCCAACACUCUAACUGGACAGGGUAGGUUUCUGGAUCCCUCUGAACCUGCGUUUAUUACCCAUCAGCAUAAUGAGUUGAUGGACUAGUUAAUAAACUCUUAUACUGUUGGAAA